CGUUUAGUUGCAAUCGCCCUCCCAGAGGUCGUUUGACAGAAUAUUCUAUUUUCUACCGGGGGAUAGUAAAUGGUGAUUGAAUGCACCUUUAAAAAACAUGUACAACAUGAACUCCUGACAUCACUUCCUCUGGUCUUGACUAUUUAAGGACACAAUCCUGUAACGAUCCCGGGCUGUUUCACGCCGCCGCCACUGGGACUGGUGGCUAACUCCAUCUCCAUCGCCUUUCAGUUUUCUCCAGCGAACUCAUUCCACCCCCUUCUUAUGUUGUAUCAUUUUCAUUAUAUAACCCAUGUAGACUUAUCCCUCCCCUCGUCUCCUUAACCCCCCUCACACACACACACACCACACACACAUCACCGGGAGCGAACAGCACAAGAUGAUUCUCAAAGGUUUCGUAGCCUGGAUGGUUUUCUGCCACCAAGUGACCUGUCGACCGUUGUCCUCCGAGAUGCUAACGGAAGAUGAUCAGGUGACCAGAUGUAUUGUCGAGGUGAUCUCCGACACUCUGUCCAGCCCCAGGCCGCUGCCUGUCACCGCUGGAUGCAGCAAGGUCCUCAAAGAAGAUGAGAGAGUUCUGGCCAUGGUGCUUCAUCAGAACCUGCUGAGGGAGCUGGAGGAACUCACACAGCCUGGUAAGAGUUCAGUCAAGCAAAUGCCUCUGAAAAACGACAAGAAGUGGAACUAUCCUAUGGCAGAAAGCAUGGAGUGGAAUGAGGAGGACAACUUGGAGAAGAGGCUUGCCUCACUGAAGGAGGAGGGGGGUGAUGAGUGGAGGGAGCCCAGCAUCAGCCAAGGGGGAUCCCACGUGAAGAUGAACACCCCUUCGAAGGAAGAGGGAGAGGUGAAGAGGAACGGUCAAGGGCAAGAGGUGAAGAACGAGGAACAACGCAAGGACAAAGACCUCAUCACUGGCGAAGAUGGCACCAAGGUCGGAGCGCGAGCGAGCGAGGAAGAGUUCAGCGAUGAAGACAAAGGCGGUUUCGGGAAGGGACGCGGCGAGCUAUCUGAGGAAGACUAUCAAAGCGCCAUUGAGCUUGGGCAGGAGGGGCGAGAGGACCUCAGGGUGGACGAGCUGAUUGAGAAGGUCGCCAAGCAGGAGUUGGAGAGCAGAGAGGAUGAGGAGGAGGAGGAGGAGAGGAAGGAACGGGAAGGUGGCGUUCCCAGGAGGAAUGGGAAUGGGAUCGGCCAGCCAAACGCCAGCAAGCGAGUGGAGGAGAAUGCCAGCGAUGAGGAAACUGACCAGUUUGAAGCGGAGCAGGAAGGACUGAAGAUCCUGGAGGCACAAAGCCACGCGCUGGGCAACGUGGACCAGCAACAGCCUCGUGAGGAUAAGAGACGCCAUCAUCUGGACACGAAGAAGAGACGUGAAGAUGACGUUGUCUACCAGUGGAAGAAGCACCGCGGGCUGGGGAACGGCAAGGUGGAGGCGGUGGAUGAGGAGGGAGAGGAGGGAGAAGGAGAGCAAGAAAGAAAACUGAAGCAUGAGGAACACGAGCUGAGUAACCUGGCGGAGAUUGAGCGGGAGCUGAAGGACGUGGCGGACAAACUGCGGGACAUCCAGCGGGGUUGAGAGCCGUUCGUUCCCAUUCCCAAGGGUGGCCAUUGCCUCCCAUCACCAAUGGCCGCCAUUACGUUGACGUGUAGACCAGCCCAUCGCCAUCGACAUCCCCCUCCCUGGCUGUGUACUGUUAUGGUCCAAAGCUUCAUCGAGCAUGGACAGGGUGCAGUGAUGCAUGGUAUAUUAUUCAACUUGUCAGUGUUCUUCUGCUCAAUGGCAAUGUAAUCCCAUCAGUGAAAGAAUUCAAAUGUACAAUGUAAUGCCUUUCCUUGAGUUAAGGGCCUGUCCCACCAGCAUGCGACUGCAUGCGGCA